UCUACAAAGACAAAUGGACGGAAUUAAUCGUCUACUUAGUUUUGCUUUCGUGCUUUUGUUAGUUGGUUUUGGUUUUGGGAAAGUGUUAUCGACAACUGAAGAAUGUUCUGACGCACUUGGUCGUGACUGUUUCCAAUACAAGGAUGAAGACUGUGUUGGUGUGUAUGAGACAUGGGCAAGGGCUAACUGCAGUUUGAGAUGUGGAUACUGCCCGCAGAAGUUACCCUGCGUAGACAACAUUAACUACUGCAGUCGGUUCGCGGCAGAUGCUUGUCAACAGGAGGUAUAUGGACAAUACAUGAGGGAAAACUGUAGAAAGACCUGCAACUUCUGUAGAGCUCCCACUGAGUACCUGGUCUCUAGUACCACCAGUACAACUACCCCAGUACCAACAUCAACAAUAACAACAACUUAUAACCCAGUUGCUGAAUGGUGUAGAGAUAGGUUUGAUUGUUGGGGCUACGCUGAUGAGAAUUGUACAGGAAUGUAUGAGGACUGGUUCAGAGAAUUUUGUCCAUACAGAUGUGGAUAUUGUCCAAAUUAUUUACCCCCUUGUAUGGAUCUAGACCCAAGUUGUGACGCUUAUUCUUCAGAAACCUGUACCAACCAAACAUAUAGAGCCUACAUGAGACUAAACUGCAGGAAAAGAUGCAACGUGUGUACAUACCCAGGACAGCUUCUUACACCGAACACACCGCCUUUUCCUAUAACAAGCACAACAACAACCACCAAGAGAGUGCUGUACAUAAGGGAAGGUGCUAUCAAUAUAUUUCUCGACAAGGAUAAAUAUUUGUCGAAAAAUCCGGGGAUAAUGUGA